AUGGCAUUUUUUACUAAACUAACUCAUGAUGAUAUGUCAAACUCUAGACAGGCGGAUGAAAUUAUGUUUACGUUUUAUAAAAGAAUGAAAGAGAAAGGGUAUUUAGAUAACACGGUGCUCAUCACAUUUUCAGACCACGGGCCUAGAAUGGGCGUGAUUCGAGCCACAUUGAACGGCAUGGUGGAGAGCCGUUCACCGUACUCUAUCAUCACAUUCCCAAAGUGGUUUCUGGAUAAAUACUCAAACGUGAAAAAAAACUUGAAAACAAACACAAAACGUUUAACAACACAUUAUGACGUCCACGCUACGUUACAAGACUUGUUGUAUUUUAAAGCGAGUGGUAUCGUCCCACUCACACCAAGAAAACACGGCACCAGUCUGUUUAAUGUUAUACCAGAAUCUCGCACGUGUGAAGACAUCCCAAUCCCAAUGGAGUUCUGUCUGUGCAACCAGGUCAAAAUGGUGGAGCUAGCGUUAAACUCAAACAUAGCUCAUGGCUUCAGUGAAAUCUUUGUAAAGAAAAUAAACUCGAAAACAAAUCCAACCCUUUGCGCUGAGUUAAAGCUUGACAAAAUUUUAACAAUAGUUCAAGUCACUUUACCAUACAAUCUUCCAAGGGACAUCAUCCUUUAUAAAAUCAAACUCCAGACCUUACCAGGGGAGGGAAUCUUUGAAGGUACAAUACAAACGCCGAAAGCUAACUCAACAACGAUUGGUAAAUACAUCGAUGAAUUUAUUUCCAAAGGUGAAAGUUCAAAUCUGAUUGUGGGUGAGGACUUUGAUCGUCUAAGUCUUUAUCGAGGUCAGGCUGACUGUGAAAGUGACUUUGCAAAGAAACAAUACUGUUAUUGUAAGGAUUUGAUUACAACUUGA